AGCCCCAUGCCGGGAGGAGGUGGUUACAUUGUGUCUAUUGUAUCCCUGGGCUUGUGUGUUUGUACAUUUCUCAGGACGUGAAAGUGAGAGUGAAAAGCAUGGCAGAUGAACAAGAAAUCAUGUGCAAAUUGGAAAGCAUUAAAGAGAUCAGGAAGGGGUCUUCUCUUCAGUCACCCCCAGGAUCCAGCACACUGUUGGCCCAGGAUGUCCAGAAGCGUAAAAGCAGCAGUGAUGCAGCUGAUACUGCUAAGAAGCACCAAACGUUGUACUGUACUACUGUACUUUUCAAGGAACAAGACCCUGCAGAUGGAAAAGAUCAAGACCCGUUUGAAGGCUGAGUUUGAGGCCCUUGAAUCAGAGGAGAGGCACCUGAAGGAAUACAAGCAGGAGAUGGACCUCCUGCUACAGGAGAAAAUGGCCCAUGUGGAGGAACUCCGACUGAUCCACGCUGAUAUCAAUGUGAUGGAAAACACCAUCAAACAGUCUGAGAAUGACCUAAACAAGCUGCUAGAGUCUACCCGGCGGCUACAUGAUGAGUAUAAGCCGCUGAAGGAACAUGUGGAUGCCCUGCGCAUGACUCUGGGCCUGCAGAGGCUCCCUGACCUAUGUGAAGAGGAGGAGAAGCUCUCCUUGGAUUACUUUGAGAAGCAGAAAGCAGAGUGGCAGACGGAGCCUCAGGAGCCCCCAAUCCCUGAAUCCUUGGCCGCCGCAGCCGCUGCCGCCCAACAACUCCAAGUGGCUAGGAAGCAGGACACUCGGCAGACAGCCACCUUCAGGCAGCAGCCCCCACCUAUGAAGGCCUGCUUGUCAUGUCACCAACAAAUUCACCGGAAUGCACCUAUAUGCCCUCUGUGCAAAGCCAAGAGUCGGUCCAGGAACCCCAAAAAGCCAAAACGGAAGCAGGAUGAAUGAAAAGAGGGAGAACACUUAGAGCUCUGCUGCUCAUAACCCCUCCCCUUGGCCAGAGUGAUUGAUGUCUCCAUGUGAAACAACCCUUCCCCACCUCUACAAAGUCUCCUAUUUAAUGUGAUGGAAGCACAACCCCUCUCUCACUUUGCUCUUAUUUCUUUUUGCUCUUGGAGUUUCUGGUUUAGGAAGAGAUGUGGUUCAGGUGCUAAUGACAGUUGUGUCUAAAGAUCCCUUCUCUCUCACCCACAUUUCAACCCCUGCCCUUGUUUGGAGCUAAGGGAAGGGCGGAAGUCCCAGAUGUGAUUCUCUGUCUCUUGUGCCUGAGGCCUGGGGCCUAAGGCCUGAGGGCCUGGGGAGACCCAUAUCUUGUUUCAGGUGAAGGCUCCAGUGUGCCCCCUCCCUGUACCUUUGCCUUAGGCUCUGAAGGGACAACAGUCUUCUUGCUGGACUUUUCAAUAGGCUUGGUGCAUUUAUCUGCCCCACCCGCAACCUCAUCUCAUCCUCAAGGCCCGGAGGUAGCUUGGACAAGCUCUCCUUUUUCAUAUUCAUUUGGGAUGCCUGGCUGUUAUUAUUGAGCUCACCACCCCACCACCUGGCAGUUUCCCAGAUAUAUUAAAGUUCUCAGGUACCAGGCUAUGUGUCUGGGGAUCCUAAAAUCUGUGGGCUUUUCUCCCAUAAUAAACCCUAGCUUUUGAAAAUCAGUAGCAGAUGUUCCCCACAGUGAAAUCAGGGAGCCAGACCCACUCCACAAGUCCUGCCUAACUCGUUGCCUAAGUCAUUGGUCUGAGGGUUCUGCUAUCGGGGCUGCCUUAGGCUGGAGAGGCCCCAGGCUGACAUUUGUGUCGACUUUUGUUCAAAACCAUUACUCUGGCACUUACUCAAAUGGUAUAUCUUAGAGGUCAGAGUAGUGGGUUGAGAUUCAAGUGAAUGCCAAUCACUUUACACAUGCAGGUAGGUGGGAUUUCUACUCCAGUCUCUCUUCUCUAAGGCAGCCUCAGCUCAGGUCAGCUUUUGGCCACCCCUUUUUCUGUGGAUUGUGUAGGUGGAUUUCCCUCUCAAAAGAAAAGGCACCAGGCUCCCCAAGCCCUACAGCUCUUCCCUCCUCCAAAGCCACAUCUCUAGUCAAGUCACUCUCAAACUUAAGGGACAGGGAUUGGGGCUGGCUGACUGAAAAAGUGUUAGCUCCUGGCUGGGGAGGGGGGAUAUUUUUCCUUCCUUUCUUAGCUGUAGUUUUAAGUUGCCACAGCGUCUGUGUGUUCAUAAUAUAUAAAAGGUUCCUCUUCUCUUUGAAAGUAAGAGCGUUAUGUCUGUACAAAUCCUUUUAAAUAAACAUUUGUUCA